AUGAGUGAGGCAGGAGAAGCCACCCUUACGGAGGGGGCCGCUUCUGUCUCCCCUCAAGCCACGCAGAAACACCUGGCAUCCUUGGGAGGCGGAAAUCCUCCCCAAGUCUUAGGUGAAGGCAACUUCGGCGGGGAUGAGAUCCCCAAGGCCACCGCGGAGGGCGCCAAGGUGCCCAAGAAGGUUAUCGCUAAGAGGGUGCGAGGCUCUGUGAAGUGGUUUAACGUGAAGAAUGGGUACGGUUUCAUCAGCAGGCAUGAUACCCAGGAAGAUGUGUUUGUUCACCAGACGGCCAUUACCCGUAAUAACCCUCACAAGUACCAACGCAGCGUGGGCGACGGCGAGACUGUCGAGUUUGACGUGGUGCAGGGCGAGCGGGGCACUGAAGCCGCUAACGUGACCGGGCCAGCAGGCACGCCAGUGGAGGGCAGCCGCUAUGCCGCUGACCACCCCCGCUUCCGCCGGGGCUUCUACAUCCCCCGCCGCGCGCCACCAUCACGGGGUCCCAAGGGCGCUGAGGACGACGACGUUGACGAAGGCGAGGGCAGUGGCGAAGACUUCACCGGGGCCCAGGGCCUGAGGCGCCGCCUGCCUGGCCACGCCCAAGACCAAAGGCUGAGGCGCUUCCCUCCCUUCCGCAGGGCCCCAGCCGUGACCCGCCGCCCAUCAGCGCUGGCUACCACCAGCGGCCCACGGGCCGCCCACCUGCCCGUUUCCGUCUCAACAAGGUCCGAGGGCGAGCCGCGACGAGGACCCGGCCCCAGCUACCUGCUGAGUCGCCCUAGGGGCCGAGGCACCACUCUUGGUCCAAGACCCUCACCAGGCGUCUCUGAGGAGCUGGAAGCAGAGCAGGAGGAAAGCCGGCGCGACGCUGCGCUCCUGCUAUGUGGAGGAGAGAGUGCAUGA